AUGGACAAGCAGAUAAUGGAUCUGUCACAGGGAUCGCCGCAGCAGAACAACGACUUCAUCGACCAGAUGAAGAUGAACGACAACAACCAUCCCAAAGAGGAAGAAGAGCAGCAGGUCGGCCAUGGAAAUGGGCUUUCCAAUAAGCUAUAUCAUGAGAUGUUGCCCAGCUACGAUUUCCAGCCCAUUCGCCCCAUCGUCGGAACUUCUUCGCAGUCGCAGAGCUUCGAUCCCGCACCCAAUCUUGGAGGAGGAGGGGAAGCUAGGGUUUGGAACUCCGGCGAGCCCAAGUCCAACACUACCGCUCCUAUCAGAAAUUAUGGCUCUCUGGAUUCUAUUGAACCUGCAAAAGUUAUUUUACAGAAGGACCGAAAUGUACUUGAUGCUACAGUUGUGUCAGAGAUUGACCAGGCCAUGAAGAAGCAUGCUGAUAAUUUAUUACAUGUGUUGGAAGGUGUUAGUGCACGACUAACACAACUCGAGAGCAGAACCCGCCACCUUGAGAAUUCUGUGGAUGAUUUGAAGGUAUCUGUGGGAAAUAAUCAUGGGAAUGCUGAUGGAAAGAUGAGACGGUUGGAGGAUAUUCUUCGAGAUGUACAAACAGGUGUUAAGGAUUUGAAGGAUAAGCAAGACAUAGUAGAGGCUCAGCUGCAUCUUGCAAAAAUACAAGUUUCCAAUCCCAAGGUAGACCCUCAACCAGAACCUCAGAACGCUAUGCAUGGGGAUUCUGGGCAGGCAGCUGCCUCUGCUCCUCAACAAUCUCAGCAACAACUUCCUCCCCCUGUGAACCUGCCACCCUCACUUCCUGCUGUCUCUCACCCAAAUGCUCCUCCCCAACCUAUGCCCCAAAUUGUACCACAUACAGUUCAACUUCCAAAUCAGUUUUCUCAGAACCAGAUCCCUCCUGUCCCUCAGCAAGACCCUUAUUUCCCACCGCCUGGUCAAAAUCAAGGAGCCCCAAAUCAGCAAUACCAAUUACCUCCAGGUCAGCAGACGGUCCCCCCUCCUCCAGUGCCACCACAUCAACAAUUUCAACCUACCACUCAACCACAGUAUUCUCAGCCACCACCCCAGCUGCCUCAACAGCACCCUUCGCAUACACCUGUUAAUCCCUCUCAACUCCAGCCUACAUUAGGCCACCAUGCUGAAGAGACACCUUAUAUUCCUUCCCAGAACUACCCACCCAGUCUUCGCCAGCCACCUUCUCAUACGCCCAGUGGUCUUCCCCCCACCCAACAGUAUUAUAGUCCAGCUUCCCAAGCGUAUGAGCCACCUUCUAGCAGAUCCAAUACAGGGUAUUCUUCUGGGUAUAGCCCUCCAGCUGGGCUUGGUGAGUCAUAUCAUUAUGGUGGAUCACCUUCUCAAUAUGGUGGUAGCUCCUCAAUGAAACCACCACAACUCUCUUCUUCUGGUACAGCUCAAAGUGGAGGAAGUGGUUACCCACAGCUACCAACUGCUCGGGUACUACCACAAGCAUUGCCUACUCCAUCUGGGGCAGGGGGUGGUUCAGCUUCAGCUGGGACUGGAAACAGAGUUCCCAUUGAAGAUGUGAUUGACACCGUGACAACUAUGGGUUUCCCGAGAGACUAUGUUAGGGCCACUGUUCGAAAGAUGACAGACAGCGGCCAGUCAGUUGACGUCAAUGUUGUGCUAGAUAAGUUGACGAAUGAUGCGGAAGUUCAGCAGCCUAGAGCUUGGUUUGGUCGAUAG